CGAAAAUACGUUUUCCAGUGAGCAACCCCGUCGCCAGUUAUUUUCGUCACUUAUUUUCAUUAUUUCGACGCGAGUGGUUCGUUCCGUGCGGUUUUAUUUACGAUUUAUCGUGUGUGUCGCACCGAAAUGAUACUGGAAGCGGAGCAUCCGCAUCAGCGCGCCGCAAACGCCGCCGAAGCGAUUCGCGAAUCGCACAUCCGCUGGCGCUUAAAUCAUUUAACUGCUUUAAAUGCCUCAAAAAACCAUUCGCGUGUCAAGUGCAGCGGUCGUGUGGUCAGUCGAAGUCACUUUUUCAAGCAUAGUCGCGCAUUUCUGUGGUUCCUGCUCUGCAAUUUGUUGGUGGGCGUGGACCGUGUCCAUUCCCAGCUGCUCAUCAACGUUCAAAAUCAGGGCGGCGAGGUGAUCCAAGAGAGUAUUACCUCCAACAUUGGCGAGGACCUGAUAACACUGGAGUUUCAGAAAACCGACGGAACGCUCAUCACCCAAGUCAUCGACUUUCGCAAUGAGGUUCAAAUCCUCAAGGCUUUGGUGCUGGGCGAGGAGGAGCGUGGCCAGAGCCAGUACCAAGUCAUGUGCUUCGCCACAAAGUUCAACAAGGGCGACUUCAUCUCCUCGGCGGCCAUGGCCAAGCUGCGCCAGAAGAAUCCGCACACCAUUCGCACUCCCGAGGAGGACAAGGGCCGGGAGACCUUCACCAUGAGCAGCUGGGUGCAGCUCAACCGCUCCCUGCCCAUCACGCGCCACUUGCAGGGCCUCUGCUCGGAGGCCAUGGACGCAACCUACGUGCGGAAUGUGGACCUCAAGGCCUGGGCGGAACUUCCAGGCUCCUCGAUUUCCAGUCUGGAGGCGGCCACCGAGAAGUUCCCGGACACGCUUUCCACGCGCUGCAACGAGGUGAGCAGCCUGUGGGCGCCCUGCCUGUGCAACCUGGAGACCUGCAUCGGCUGGUAUCCCUGCGGGCUCAAGUACUGCAAGGGCAAGGGGGUGGGGGCGGGAGCCGGGGCCGACUCCUCGGGCGCACAGCAGCAGGCUCAACAGACGAAUUAUCGCUGCGGCAUCAAGACCUGCCGCAAGUGCACACAGUUCACCUAUUAUGUGCGGCAGAAACAACAGUGCCUCUGGGAUGAAUGACGACGCGGCGAGCUGCAGCUGAUGCAGAUGCAGAUGCGGUGCGUCAGGCGGCGCAAUGGUAGCGAUGAUGGCAAUACCUGCCCGGGAGUUUCGAGCGAAACAAGAGCACCAGCAGCAGCAACAGCAGCAACACAGGCGACAAUAAAUGGAACAGCAGGAGCGGUGGGAGCGGCAGGAUCUGGGAAAGAUACUACUACGACAACAACGACGACCAACAAAUUACGCCAACUGCUUUUGUUGGUCCAGCAGCAGAUGCCUUUUGCUCUGUGGAGUUUUCCGGUCCAUCACAUUUCCCAGCCCCAUUCCCGUUCCCUUUCCCUUUCCCACUCCCAUUCCCAAUCUCAACACAAACCCAACCAGCAGCAGCACCAUCAGCAGCAUCAGCAUCAUUCUCAGGUUGUCCCCACUGCGCAUCACCCGUCAUCAUCAUCAUCAUCAGCAUCAUCAGCAUCAUCCGCAAUGGCCGCCAUCGUUGCGUGAUAAUGAACGCUUGAGAUACCCAACAUCCCCAAUCCACUACACGUCCAGAAAAAAAUAAACGAGUGUUGACACUUUUUCCGCUCACCAUUGAAGAUUCUGGACACCCCGUCAUUUGAAUGCAAGCCACCACAGGAAAAAAAAAGGAAGGAGUUAAGCGAACAAAAAAUGUAAAAAUGUGCUUCUGUAUACUAUGUAUAUAUAUGUAUAUUUAACGAUGAUUAGCUUUUAGCCAGCUUACGUUUUACGCUUAUGCCGGAUUUCGUUUAAGACCUAGGUUAGGUGUUCUUAAUCAAUUUAAACCGAAGCGAGCUCUCUGAAUUAAAGGUUGAGCACGUUUGAUACACUUUGGUCUUAACCAUUAAACUUUCGUUCAACAGCUUUCAAUUUAACUUAUUUUUGUUUAAUUUAACUCUGAGAAAAUAUCCUCUAAAUAUCCUUUGACUUUUCCAUUUAUCUUUUAAGGUAAUAAUACUUCUCCUGUCUUUUCUUCAGCUUCUACGCUAGUAUUUAGGUAUUGCUAACAACUUCUCCUUCAAGCUUUUCUAUAGUUUUUCUCGCAUUUUUUACCUUUUCUAGUCCAUUUCCAAUUUGUUUACUUUGCCCGUUCACUUCACACUUUUUUAUGCACAUUGUGUGCAGCAAUUUCGUUUCAAUUACCCUUUUACAGCGUUUUAUAUUUCCUUUGUUUGCCUUUGACUUUGCCUUUUCCAUUUCCCUCCACUUCACUUCACUUUACCUUAACUGAAGCCUGAUUAGAUGUAUUAAGAAUGUUGGACACAAUAUCACGUUCCACGCUCUUUCCACUCGUUUUGCGUUAAGCUCAAGAACAUUAAAUAGGUAUAGAAAUAUAAAUAAAUUAAAUGUGGCCUUAGCAUAUUUUAUGAGCGGUAGACGAACAAAAAAAGUAGGAAAUUAAUUGAACUAAGGAAUUUGUCAGGCGGCGGCAGCAGCAGAACUCGUAAUUAAUUGUGCUCAUAAUAGUUGUAACAUAAGAACCACAAGCAUAUAUGAUAUAUUGCCAUUUAGGGAAUGCUGAAUGGUGCGGAAUUCUACUAACCAAAAACGACUGCCGCAAUAAAAGCUUUUCUAUCUUUUUUCCACUUGAAAAAUGGCUGUUUGAGAUAACCUAGUUCCCUAGUCCCCGAGUUUGUUCCCUUCUUAACUUUCUCCCACUAAAUCUACACUAUAUAAACUAAACCGGAAAAAAACGCCUGCCUUUUUGCCUUUGACUUGUAAUCUUUUUCCACUUUAUAUUCGAAACAAAUUAAAUACCUUACGAUGAGAAAAAACCUUAAGCAAAUUAAUUGAUACCAAUAAUAAACAAUACCAAGAACAAUAAUCUAUUGUAUAAAUUUCAAGAACCUAGUCUACUUAGAUUGUUAGAAUGGCAUAUUUUCCUAAAAGCGUACUACAAAACGAAGAAAUCAAGUAAAAAGAAAUCAAGUCUUAAACCAGUUUCGACGACAAGAAAAAAACUAACGGUGAUAAUAAUUUUUUCUACGAUAUAAAGGGGCAGCAACUCCUUUGACGACUCACUGUAUAAAAAUGUAAUGAAAACGAAAUCGAUCAAGUGUAAAAAUUGAUUAGUAUUACUAAGCAUUUAAAAUUGAUACAACUCGAUGAUCUGAAUUGUGUAAAGAGCAUUUGCCAAUAAUAAGCGAUUAAUCGACUAGUCCUAAACAAAUAAUUGAAAUUAAUAAUUAGUCUUAAAUACAAAUGCUGACAAAUUCUACGUUUUAUAAAAAAAAGAAAGUAAUGAAAACAUUAAAAA